UGAACCUGGUUGUUGUGUUACUGACACUUCAACAUCCUGUAGUCCUAAAAAAUGUGGAUGUGCAAGGGAGGUUGGAAGCUUUGUCUUUCGUCCUUGACUGCAGAGAAGCUAUUAGUUGUGUUUUACACGUGAAAGUAUCGAAAUAACAUGGUAGGAGCUCAGUCGAUGGCAGCCAAGGACGAAAAGUCGUCACGUGGAAAAGAUAAAGAAGCUCUUCGCAAAGAAGUCACUAAGAAUGUUCGCGGGCUUCUUCUAUCCGUGCAAAAUGGACUCACAGUGGCAGAGAUUCAGAGAGAUUAUAAAAGUAUGAUCGGAAAACCGUUCCCAUUUCGUGAAUUGGGCUUCAACACUCCUUUAGACUUACUGAAAGACUUGCCAGAUGUUGCUCGACCAAGUUGGGAAAAUGGCGAGUUGGUUCUUCAAGGCAUUCCUGACGCUACCACAAGACAUAUAGCUCGUUUAGUUGCCAGGCAAAGGAAGAGUUCUCCUAGGAGAAAAACUCGUCUCACCUCAUAUCAACCUGAGCAAACACCAGUUUUGCCUCAUUUUAUACGAACAAAAAUAAAAGAACUUCUAGUUGGUUAUCCAUCAGGGUUACUGGGCUCCAUGUUUGCUGUGGCUUUUAAACGAAGGUUUGGUGAGGAAAUUAACUAUAAUAGAUUGGGAUUUAAAUCACUUAAUCAUCUUCUGGAAGCAGUUCCUGAUAUAGUGGAGGUUGAACGUAUGCGAGGAGGAGGAUUCAGAGUGUAUGGCAAACACUUUGGAACAGAUAAAUCAGCACCUGAUCCUGGGAAUAGCUUUCCUGUCAGAACUAAAAGUGAUUCAACUGGUAAACACCAUCCCACAUCAAAUGGCAAUACAGAAGGCAAGUGUUCAAAAACAAAUGGGCAGUCUGCUCCUUCAAUUAAAGCCCAGUUUGACAGCAAUAGUGCAAUUAAUAAAAGAUUACAGCAGGAGUGUAUACAGGUAUUAGCUAGACGACCCAAUGGUAUAUGGGCAGCCCGAUUUCCAAUAGAAUACAAGAGUCUCCAUGGCAAGGAGCUCAACAUCAAACAGUAUGGAUUUAUGAGUGUUGUGGAGUUUGUGGCUGCUAUGCCAGAUGUUGUACGAAUAGAGCGACCCACAAAGGUGGACUGGCUUCUUCUCCUAGCUGAAAAAGUGGAAAAAGAUUACCCACAAGCAAAUGGUGCAGUUCCUGCAAGUCCUGCUCCAAUUGAAAUACACAAAGAGCCUGUCUCACCUGCUAUCACUGGUAAUCCACUGAACUUGCCUGAUGGAGUAGGCAGGGGAGUCUACUUUUCAAAAAUAACGGUCCCAGCAUGUGGAUUUCUUGAAGUUUCUGUCACACACAUCAUUGAUCCACACCAUUUUUGGGUUAUGCUGAUUGAGAACUGGCCAGCAUUGAGAGAUUUGACUGAAGAAAUGAAACAAUUCUAUUCAAGUCAAGAAAGUGCACGUUACAAGAUGCCUGGUUGGUUUGUUUCAGUCGGUCAGGCCUGCUGUGCUUUGUAUGAAGAUGGAUCUUGGUACCGCAGUCUGGUGGUUGGUAUACAGUCUGUGGACAGCAUAGAGGUUUUCUAUGUGGAUUAUGGAAAUAACGCAAGGUUGCCAUUGUCAAGUCUACGAGUGCUAAGGUCACAAUUUAUGAAACUUCCAGCACAGGGACUUACCUGUAAGUUGGCCCAUAUUCAACCUUUUGGAGGGGCUAAAGAAUGGUCACCUGGUUCCACCCAUAAGUUUUAUCAAUUGACAAAGAACUAUAAACAGCUGGUAGCACUUUUUUGUGGUAUUAAGGAAGGUACAAUGUGCCUUUGCUUGUGCGACACUAAUGCUCCAGAAGACCUUCAUAUCAAUGAUGAACUUGUGAAAGCAGAUUAUGCUGAUUUUGUUCCUGAUAAAUCUCCCCAAUCUUCAUCUCCAGUUGGACAGAAUCAUGACAGAGAAGCUGAGAUGCAGGUACAACAGCAGCAGCAGCAGCAGCAGCAGCAGCAGACACAGCCGCAGGCACAGCCACAGCCAGCUCCAGGUCUCUCAGUUCUCAGCCUAGAACAACUGUACUUACAACAGCAAGCUGUAUCUUCCUUUUGUGCAUCAUCCAGUAACUGCUCUUUGCUGCCAGACUUCCCAGUAUCGAUUGAAACAUCUUACCCACUCAAUUUUGCAAGGCAAGUUUUUCUUGAAUUAAAUCCACUUCAACCAACAGUGUAUUGGGAUAAUUAUGACAUAUUCAAGUACUAUUAAGAAAACCCUUCACCCAUAGGAUUUAAGCAGGUAAAAUAAUAG